GUUUAGUACGCAUGCGCCAAAAUCUGUUUACAAAUCGCUCUUUCAGAGAGGCGCUGCUGUUUGUCGCUUCAUUGAUUCUGUGAAAUCUUGUUUGUAGUCAGAGGGUCAGACUUUGUCCACGGUCCCGAUGCUGGCUCUGUCCAGGUGUUCGAGAGCUUUGAGGUGGAGACUGUCCCUGCGCUGCUCUGCCCUCUCUCUGGGGAGCAGUACCAUGAGCAGCCAGCCCUCCACCGCAGCCAGACCCCAGUUUCUAAGAACCCAGACUGCUCUGUUUCACCAAAGUAAAGCCAAAGCCAGUCCUGACCCAAACAAGCCCGCUACAGUAUUGUCCUCCGAGUCCGGCCUGGAGGGGGAGCUAUUUGGGAUGGGGAUGUGGUCGUUGGGUCUGGGUGCUGUUGGAGCUGCGCUUGCUGGGAUCUUCUUGGCCAACACUGAUCUGUGUCUGCCUAAAGCUGCACAGUUGUCACUGGAAACCCUUGAAGAUGCUGACCUGCGCUCCACCAUAGAUGACGACAACAUCAUUAAAGCUAAGAGCCUGUGGGAGAAGAAUGGGGCUGUGGUCAUGGCCGUACGACGACCUGGAUGAUUUUUGUGCAGAGAGGAGGCCUCUGAGCUGUCCUCUCUGAAGACCCAGCUGGAAGAGCUCGGGGUCCCUCUGGUCGCUGUGGUGAAGGAGAACAUCGGCACAGAGAUCCAGGACUUCAGACCGCACUUCGCUGGGGACAUCUACAUAGAUGAAAAGAAAAACUUCUACGGCCCGCUGCAGAGGAGAAUGGGGGGCCUGGGGUUCCUUCGCCUCGGAGUGUGGCAGAACUUCAUGCGGGCCUGGCGGUCCGGCUACCAGGGCAACAUGAACGGCGAGGGCUUUAUCCUGGGGGGAGUGUUUGUCAUCGGAGCAGGAGACCAGGGGAUUCUCCUGGAACACCAUGAGAAGGAGUUUGGCAAUAAAGUGGAGACUGCAGAUGUUUUAGAGGCUGUUAAGAAAAUUGUGCCAGUGAAAUAAGUAUUUUUAUUUUUUCCAAAAAUAAAUGGCAUUGGACAAAGGUACACUGUAUUUAGAUCAAAACAUAACUGCAUUUUUAACUUGACAUGCUGAGAUGCAAUCAAAAUCCAUCCAUUACUUAAAUACUGAUAUUAUAAUGACAUUUAAGUUUGGUUGUGUUGUCUAAUAUCACAAUAUACCUCUGUUUUUUUGCACAUUCAUUUGUUGUUGGUUAGUGGAGAUGUACUUGGGCCAGUGUUAAAAUGUUUAAACCGGUUCGAUAUUAAGCCAAACACCGGACCAGACCAGUAUACCAAUAUGUCACACUUGACUUAGCAGCCACUCCUGAGUGGGACAUAAUUAGACUUUUACUUUUUUCUUGUAAGUUUGCUUCGUCUCAGCUGCGUUUCAGCUCACCUCUUUCGUCGGCUUCAAAUCCAAAAUAUUGCCAUGUGGGCAGCCCACUUUUAGCAUACAUCCAUGAGUCAUGUCUCGUCACCCCAAAAAACACUUUUAUUUUAGCAGAACGCUCUUCUGCACUUGAGCGUCACAAAUACUUGGGGAAAUGCAUCGUUACAUUGUGUGGUCGCUACCACACUGCUUGAUCAAUAAAACAACAAUGCUACUAAGAAACCAAUGUGAACUAGUUAUGCUGCUGUAGGCCUUACUGCCCAACACUGUUGGAUUUGGCAGCGUGACACUGCUGGCACAGGUUGCUGAUGUAUACUAUUUUUUUAUUUUCGCCAGAACCACAAUGAGUCAUAAUGACAAAUGCAAUUGCAUAAAAUCAAACCGGUUUAAUCUUGUACACUGGACCGGCAAAACCGGAAAUCAACCCAACUCUAGGAAAGAGCCAAUAUUACAAGAUUUGUCACCUAGAAGCUAGUGUUUUUGAGACGGGUAUUAAUAACGGGUAGUAAGGGAAUAAAAAGCAGCAUUUUUAUUCAGGUACAUGAGCUAUUACAUUUAAAGUAACUUGAAAUCCGCCUUUUAGAGAACCACAUAAAUCAGUCUAAAGACUGGAUUAUACAUUUGAUGAAUUAUUCUAUAAGCUGUCUGUUAGGGUACAUUUGUAAUAGGGUACAUUUGUAAUACUGUUCCUAUGUGUUAUCUUCCUUUGCUUCUCUUGGUCAGGCACCUGAAUGGGCCUUCAACAUGGCGGAUGAGUGUAAGCUGUCUGUGUGUGCUAUAAUGACAACUUGACUCCAAACUCAACAUUGAGAGGAGCAGGUUUGAUGCUUAAACGCAUGCAGAUUCAGCCACUCUCGCCAUGUUGAGGAGUGUUUGUGCUGCCUGAAGCAUGUGUGUGUAUUUGUAUGUGUUAAUUAUAAAUAAAGAAGACCUCAUCACCAUCUCUUCACUGUGCACUGUA